CAAACUUUUUGAAAUACAACGAUUUUUUGUUCAUCUGCAUACUCAUAUUAAUUUUACAUACCCAUAUUUAUGGUGAAUUUCAUGAUAAUCCCGAAAUAAUUCAAAGUCAUGUCGUAACUAAGACAAAUUAUGGCAAAUUUGAGCAUAUUUGUUUCAUAAGAAGACUUAAAAAAUAUCGAUGAACUUUUUUCCUGCUUUGAACUUUUUACUGCUCCCCGAAUUAAAAAGUACUUAGAACUUAAACUUAGAAGGUAUUUUAUACAUAUUGACGGAUCCAUUCCAUAUUUAGAAUUAUAUUACUCCGCCUAUAUGUUGUUCCUUGGUCCAAGAUCUACAACUCGCAAAAAUUGUAUGGUCAUCGGAUGUCCGGCUGAUGAGAUAUUUAACUUUUCCGAAAAAAAGUAACAGAAUAACAGUUGUUAUUCUAAGAUAGAAUAGUAUGGAAUGGAACCGUCAAUAUAUAGAAUACUUAUGUACUCUUUAUUACUAGUAAAUGUAUUUUGAAAAUGAUAACAGCGAUAUGGUAAUGGUUACUAUGUAUUAUGUGACAUAUAAAAAAAUCCCAUGUAUUAUGGAACUAUGUACAAUAAUUAUAGCUUUCGUUACAAUGUAAAAAGUAGAAGUUACUAUGUGGCAUGGUAACUAUUUCAAUUCAGAAAAGCACAUCUGGAGUUGUUGAAUGUUCUAGGUAGGAGUUUUGGUAACGAUUUAAUGUUGCUUUAAAGCUAGAUUGUAUUUCUAAAAGAUAUAAACUUUAUCCUAUACCAAAUUUAACAAUAAAAAUGACCUUAUGGGACUCAUAUCUAAACAAUUUCCACAUUUCAAGAAAUAUUUAUUUUAUUUUCCAUUACUUCAACCCUUUAAUAUUUCCUUGUAAUUUUUUUGAUAUCGGACACUAAAUGAAUUUCCCAAGAGACAAAUUGGUUAAUUACAGAUGAAACCAAUUUUUAUUGUGAGAUAUUUUAUUCUUCACUGGUUUAAAGGUUGUUUCUCAUUUUGUUUAUUUCCUCCUAAUUUCAAUAACAAAUUAAAUUUGUUAUUCUUCCAAAAGUUACGAGAUUGCCGAAAACUUGUUCAAAACUCUCUAAUUCCAAUCAAAAUUUUACGUCAAAGGAUAUAGUUGGUUAUGUACUGCAUAAAGCAACCCCCAAGAGCAUCCUUGUUGGGAAGUUCAAAAGAAUCCCCAUAUCUUAUCGAAUGGGGGUUAAUUUGACCAUGAUCAUCCUCUGAAGUGUGUUUAGUGUUUGAGAGCGCUUCCUCUUCAUUUUCUUGUCAAGGAUAAUGAAAAGGAUUCACAGGAGACAUCUCUCCCUGUCUCUCUCCUCUCUCUCUCUCUCUAUUUUCUCACCUCAUGCGCCCCGUGGGACUUAUCCUUCUGGGCUUUUGACCUUCGGGGGUUGAAUUUCCGUGUGUUACCAGCAUUAUGUUUAUGAAAUUGGGUAAAUUUGGCUAUCUUUCUCACACUAUCUCACUUUCACUCAUGCUGUUUUUAGUAUGUGACUGACAUAGUCUAUCUCUGUCAGAUUUUUGACAUAUGGUGGGGUGAAUAUUUCCUCUCCCGAUUGAGAGAAGAACGGUCGAUCCUGCAAAAGGAUGUCUGUCUGCGAGGAAAAUUCUUGUGAAAAUUGUCAGACUGUCUCUCGAUAAAUUUCUCAGAGGGGUAACUGUUAGAAUGAGAGGAUAGUAUUUGACUAUGUUGACAGAUUUAUUUGUCUCUUUUUUGUUAAUUUGGUGAGUCAGGAUUGAAAAGAGAUGGAGGAUUUUUGCUAUAUUUCUAUGUGAAAAGAGGGGAAAACUUUACAAUUCUCCAUGAACCAACAUUGAUUUUGUCUCCCUCUGUUGUUGACAGUUCUUCUUGUUUCAUCUCCGUCUCUCUCACAUCUCAUUCAGACAUUUUCACUCUCUCUGUCACUCUCUGAGUCCGUGACACAGUAGGUUGAGUUUGCCGGACGCCAGGCAGAAAAUUUCAGUUCACCGUCGUCUUCAGUCUACGAGCGACUACGUGUACGAAAGGUCGCGCUGUUUCGCAUCCCCGCAACAUUUUUGCCGCUUUUAUUGCUUAUUAAUGUAUAAAAGAAUUCAACAAAAAAAAAUCAAGUAAAUACAUUAAAACAAAAAAACCGGUGAAUUGUAAUCUGUCUUAAAGAAAGUCUAAAUUCAAAACACAAGUUUCCAACGGAGUCCAGCACUCAAAAAUUUGCAUAAAGUUUCGCAAAAGAGUUUUUUUGUGGAAAGAAGCAAAAAAAAUUGUAAUACUAACUCUUGUUCGGAUAAUGUCAAUAUCAGUCUUCAUCGAAUCUUCAAUCACUUGCGAAUCUUCGUAGGGAGGAUAUUUCGUGGCGGAAGGUGAGCCCUUUGGCAGAAAGAAUUAAUUGAAAAAAAUAAGCCCCCGGAGAAGGAAGAAUUCAGUGUUCAGGGAAGAACUCUAAUUUGAGAAAAGCAUUAAAAACACGUGCGAAGAGUUUUUAAAAAAAUAAAUUAAAUCUAUCAAGUUAGAUGUUCUUAAAAAUUAAAAGUUAAAACUAAAAAAAUAAAAAAAAAGAAAUAAAUAAAUAAAUUUUAAAAAAAUCAGAGUGAUUGUGCAAGUUCUUGAAUGCAAAGUUUAAACUUAAUCCCGUAAAAUUUUUCUCAAAUUAAAAAAAUAAGCAUAGCCAUCAUAUAACAAUUGUAAAAAAAAAUUGUCAAUCAAAACAUAUUUUUGUGCUAAGAUUCUCUCUCAGAAGUGUGUCGAGAAUAUUUCAGCAGAAAGGAGAUAAAAUAAAAGUGUUCUAUUCCUGACUCCAUGACCCUCUUUUGGAGAACUCCGGCAUUUGAAAUUGGUAUCAACCCUUGAAGUAUAACCUCGCUCUGGCUUCGCUGUAGAGCUUUUCAGCUGACGGAAAAAACAAAUAAAAAUUGCUCCAUCUAGACAAAGUUUGUAAGGAAAGCUCAAAAGCUCCCUGACAUCCUUAGAGAAAGCCUGUGCAAAAAAUAAAGAAUCUGCUGAUAAAAAAUAAAAAAAUAUUGCUUCUGCUUCGCCCUCCCAAAAACAGUUGAACAGAAAAGCUCCUCAGAAAAGUUCACCAAGAGGAGUCUUGUAAUUUGAUGCUGUGAAGGAAGAAUCAACUCUAGUCUCAAGUUUGCCAUCAAUUUUUGUACUUGCACAAGGAUACUUGGUGUGAGUGAUCCGGAAGUCAAUCCCUGAGAAGGUAGAAGCUUUCCCACAUCGAUCAACUUGUGAUAGAGUCUUAAGGAGCCCCAUAUUUUUAUUUUGGAAGAAAAUAGUUCAAGCUUCAGAGUCAGUGGAAAAGUGUUGAGAAUUUGCACACAGAUAAGAACUAAAGAGAGACUUUUAGGCAUACUAAAGCCCACAAGAGUGCACAAAGGAUUUUCUUGACAUUGUCCCAAAAAAAAAAUCUAUCCGUGAGUGUUCGCGUGUGAUUUCGUGCGCAAGUGAUUUACAGAGAAAUCUCCAAUUUUUUUCUUUGGAAAAAACCUCGCGAAGAAGAGCAAAUAAGGCCAACAGAGAUGGCUACCAUGGUUAAUAUGAACAAUCUGCUGAACGGAAAGGACUCACGCUGGCUCCAGCUGGAGGUCUGUCGUGAGUUCCAGCGCAACAAAUGUUCACGUCCGGACACUGAGUGCAAAUUUGCCCACCCACCGGCCAACGUGGAGGUCCAGAACGGUCGAGUUACCGCUUGUUACGACAGUAUUAAGGGACGAUGCAAUCGUGAGAAGCCACCCUGCAAGUAUUUCCAUCCGCCACAGCAUCUUAAAGAUCAACUUCUUAUCAAUGGAAGGAAUCAUCUGGCCCUCAAAAAUGCCCUCAUGCAGCAGAUGGGAAUUGCCCCCGGACAACCAGUGAUUCCCGGUCAGGUGCAAACAGUGGAUGUCCAGAAUGGAAACACAUCUGUAUCGCCUAUAGGAUUUUCACUUCAAUUUGGAUCGCAGCCCAUUAUGGCCACAAACCCCUACCUGACCGGUAUGCCAACUAGCACCUACAGCCACUACUUUGCACCUGGUCAUCUGAUGCCGACCAUCCUGGGUCCGGAUCCAUCAACAGUAUCACCAUUGGGUCCAGUUGUUCCACAAGCCGUUCCAGUAGCCCAGCAAAAAAUUCCCCGAUCGGACCGACUCGAGACCGCUCCUGUGGUGAGUGCUGCCUCUGGACAAAUUCUGACCACAUCAGCCGCCGCCGCUGCUGCAGCCGCUGCUGCCAAUUUGCCGCCGCCUCAUGCUGCUGCGGCUCCCUUGACCGCCACCCUUGGCCAUCCACUGGAAGUUGGCAAGAAGCGUGCCGCCGAGAAUGAUGCCAUGUUCCAACUGAUGGAUGUGAAAUCAGUUGGAUCCUUCUACUAUGACAAUUUCGCUUUCCCCGGCAUGGUACCUUAUAAACGGCCAGCUGCUGAUAAAUCAGGCAUACCUGUAUAUCAACCAGGCGCAACCACUUAUCAGCAAUUGAUGCAACUGCAACAGCCAUUUGUUCCAGUGUCAUGUGAGUACCCUAGUCCCAGUCCCGCAGCAACAUCAACAAUUCCACAUACAUCCACAGCAAAUCCCAUCGCUAUUGUCAAUAGUAACACUAACAGCAGUCACUUUAAUCCGACAACCAGCAGCAAUAGCGUUGAUGUUAACUGUAACAGCAAUACGAGUAGUGUUAGUUGCUCGAGCAGCAGUAGUCAGUUUAGUAGUAUUGCAAGUGGUGAGGUUACGGCUGUUACAGCCGCCGCUGACAUUAUCGUAGCUACGACAGAAACUGAGUCCCGGGCUGUACCGACGCCCGUUGUUACAACUCAUAGUUUGAUUGCGGUUCCGCAAACUAUCACAGCUACCCCGGUACCAUACCAUACUCCCCAUGUGAAUCCUGCUAUGCCAUCUGCGUCUCUGUACCCCGACCCAGCUACCAUUGCUAAAGAGGUGGCUCAGAAAAAUUAUGCUAAUGCAUUGAAAAUGGCUGCGGCUUCACAUGCUUUAAAGCCUCCUCUGUCUGCACUUAAUUACACAGGGAUGGCUCUCAACAAAUCUGCUGCAGGUUUGCUUCCUACACAGCAGCAUGUAAACCAUUCAGCGGCAGCAGCAGCUGCUGCUGCUGUAGCCCAGGCUGCCAAAAAUACAGCCUUGGCCCGUCUCAAGACACCCUUCAGUGUUGCCCCUCCUGGCCAUUCUGCCGCUGCCUCAAUGUUUCCAACACUAGCACGACCUCCGCCUCCUGUUAUAGUUCAGGCUCCGCAUCUGUUGCGUCCCCAGCUUGCGGCUGGUAUGACCCCUCAGCACCCUUAUAUGGCAGCUGCGGCUCAGCACAAUCCUCAGCUCCUUCAGCAUCAGGGCCUUAUCUAUCCAGGUUUCCCGCCUUCUGGUUACCUUGCAAGCCCUGUACCAGGGGCUGUUCCACCCAGUCUCCAUGGUGCUGGCCUAGGUGGCCUACAAGCUCUACAAGCUGCCCAGCAAGCCGCAGCUGCUCAACAAACAUCAACCCCUGGAAGUGCUGUGGUCCUAAAUCCUUACAAGAAAAUGAAGACCUCUUAAGCAUCUCAUCUGUUAUAGGGGCCACUGGGUUUUUUUUCUUGAAGUUCUACCGCAUUGUUAUUUUAAACAUGAUGACUAGUACUUAAAACACUUAAAUUUGUGAGACCCACUGAAAGAAUUGAGAACUUCUGUGAAACCCUACGGACACCUCUAUCAUAUUUCCCUAAAAUUUCUUAUACGAGACCUCUUAUGGAGAAUCUCGCGGCCAUAUGAAAUUGAGACAAUGAACUAAAGGAUAGUGCCUCAAAUUUACAAAAGAUUACGACUAAUUCAUGGUGUAGAGUGAAUUUAAUUUCACGAGUUCUUAAAUCACAUUAGGGAUUUACGAGUCAUUCAAAGGUAGGGCCUUUUUUUUUAAAGUAAGAAAUCCUAGACUUGGGGACAUUUUAUUCUUUUUAAUAGAUUUACAUAAAGGUUAUAAAUACGACUCUGCAAUUUGAAACCUUUUUUUUAAUUUUACAUUAAAUUUUCAUUUUUUUUUUAAUUUUUAUCCCCAGUCUAGGCUUAAAUUAGGAGGAAUUUAUUUAGUGCAAUCUAGAGCACAAAUUUUAUAGGAACCUGAAAAGAUCCUCCAGCAAAAGUUUUCCCCCCAAAAAAAUAGGGAAAAAGUCGAAACAUAUGCAUUUUUUAUUUUUAGGUUAGAAAGUUAUCUCUUUAGUAAUUAUUUUAUAGAUUUAAAAAGAAAAAUAGUCAUUAAGUUCCGAAGAAGUACUUUUCCUCAAACAUUUUUCUUUGGAAAUUACUUCUCGCUGUGAUAGUUUGCAGAACCACAGAUCAUCACUUUUGCAUUAGAAACGAUAAAUCUGUUUCUACAACCCAUUUCUCAUGUUGUAAACUUUCUGCCUGUAUUUUCCUCAAAAUCCAAAAUUGCCAUACCUUUUUCCCCUAUUUAAAUUUAGAAGUGAGUAUUGUUUUGAAAUUUCAAAAAAAAUGAAACAAAAUCCCGCAAAUUUAAUAAGUGAUAAAUUUAACAGCGAAACUCGAUGAAAUUGAUGUAACGAAUUAGCAUAAAGACUUUUAGGAUGAGUGUGAGAAAAAACACAUAUUUCGAGAAGAAGAAACAAGUCUUCCAGCCAAUUUUUCACAAACUUUCUUUAACGCUUGCAGAAUUUUCACGCAGUUUUUUUUUUUAAUAUUUUUUUUCUUUUAACGAAAAUUCAAUGGAGAUAAUAUUGUGAUACAUUUUGUGGAAUUGGAGACACUUGAAUAAAUUGUAGAAAAUAUGAGGGAAUGUGCAUAAAUAGAAACGCUGAGAGAGUGACUAUUUAUCUUAAUAGAAAAAGAAAACUGUUGGAGAAUAUUUCAUUUAAGACGAGAAAUUUGAUCUUAUGCAUGAUCUACAUGUGAUUAAAUAUUCAAUCCUAGAAAAUAUUUGUACCUGCAACUGGUUCUCUGAUUGGAUAAAUCUCAAAAUGCCUUCAAUUUGUACACUCUGUCGGAGAAUGAUAUUGGACAAAAUAUUUUGUGGGACUGAUUAUUUAAUAACUUGUCUAAAACUCGUCUAAAACUGGUCAAACUCAUCCAAUCUCUCAGUGAAAUAACAUGAAUGAAUUUUAGCGGGAGUUUUCUGACAAAUUUUUAGCUUUUAGUAUUCGAAACAAUAUUCACUGAAUACAACAAUAUUGAGGAAAAUUAAAGUAAAACUUUAGUCGAAACAAGUAGAUAAAACAGUGAGAGAUGAUUUUGCGAAUGGACGUAGAUGAGUGAUGGUAGAAAAUAAAUGAAUGAGUAUGAUUGACAAGAAAUUUCACUAUAAAAUUAAAAAUAAUAAAUUGAAAAAAAAAUUGUAGAUUGUUCCUCGAGGAUUGCAGAAAGUUUCUGAUGUAGAUUGUAGGUAUUAAUAAUAAAAAAAAGAGCAAAAAAAUAUUUUAAAUAAAACUUUAGAUGUUGUCGUGAUUGAAGACUUAAUAUUAAGAUAAAUAUUUACUACUUAUCACAUAUUUGAAAGUAUAAAAAGUUCAUAGUCCUUAGACGACCUACAGUAAUCAACAAAAUAUUCGACCUAACCAUAAGAUUAAAGUGACUUUUUAUUUUAUACACAAUUCUCUUAAAAGAAAGGAAAUCUUGCAUCGAUAAGGCUUUCUAAAAAAAAAGAAACAAAAUUACGGAUCUUAUUGUUCAAAAAAAGUAUAUAAAUUGUUUUCUUCGAUAUUUAGACGAGUUUUUACAUGUAAUGUUAGUGAUUUGAUUUUUUUAUUUCCUCUGUAUAUUUGUUGUGUAAAAUUGUGUAUAGAAAAGAAUACUUAAAAACAUCUAUUUUAGUUUUUGAGUUUUCUUUCUUAGGAAUUCUAACGAGAUCAUUUAACCCUUUACCUGCCACUUACUAACAUCUUAUUUUAUAUGAACUUUUUUCUUACUCGUAAUGCAAUACACGACGUUUUUUUUUAUGUUACAUGCUGCUGAUUCUCUAUGCAUUUAAUAAAUAUACAAAGAAUAAAACAAAAUUAACUGCUCUUUACAUGUGUAACAAUAUAAAUGAUAUUUCUUAGCGGCUUCUAACACUGUUUUAGUUUUCUUUUAUUAUUUUAACCAUCCGCAAUUUAAAAAAAUUAUCCCAAUUUUUCUUUCCAAUCAGCUUUAUCUUUUUAUCUGUACUAGCCACAUUAUAUUUCAAACAAAACACAUUGACACUUUUACACGAAAUAAUAAUGUCUCUCAAAAUAAAACUAAUUAAAAGUGUUCUUAAUUCAAGUGCUAUAUAAAUUUGUAGUUGACUGUUUAGUUUAUAAAACAAAACAAAAAAAUAAUAAGUAAAAAAAUGAACGAAAAAAGCUUUUUUUGAAUGUGAAAAUUAAAGCUAAAUAAUUUUUAUUUUUUUGCUAGAAAUAAAUUUGUCAAAAAAAAUCUGUAUUUAUCCGAUAUUUCGGGAAAACAAAUAUAAUCAUAAAGCAUUGUGAGUUUUUUGUACGGCACAAACUAAAGUCAAACGCGAAAAAAAUAUCAGCUAAAGGGUUGAAAAGUCUUUUUGGAGUAUAUAUGAGUGAAGGAAUUCAUUUUUUUUUUAAAUAAAAAUGUAAUAAUAAAAAAAUAUAAUCAUAUAGACUCAUUAGAUCGUAGAAUUUUGAAAUUGAAGUUACACAUUAAAAGUACUAUAGCUAAGAUACUGCAUUUACAUUUUGAAAAAAAAAUACUUAAUCAUGUCUUAGAGUUGUUAAAAAAAACAAAGAUGAAUUCAGUGAGACAUUCACAGAUUUGCAUAAUUUUUUUUUAGUUUAGUUCUUUGUGGCAGAUAAGCAUAUUUUGCUAUUUAUUUCUUUGAUGCCGACAUUCUUUAAAACAGUGUCAAGUUUUUCAGUGGACUUUAUUUGAGAGCGUAGAUUUGCUAUAACUGUACGUUUUACCAUAAUAUUCUUUGUUUACAUCUUAUUACACUUGGAAAAAUUUCAAGAACCAAAAAAAUCUUAGGCGCAAGUCGCUGCUUUAAGCCUCGUGAUUUUUUUUUCUGUUAAAAUAUCUUUUUAUUCUAAUUGCUAAUAGUUUGAUGACAAAUUAUAGUAAAGUUUUCUUACCCAUUUGUACCCACAAAACAUUCAAAUUGUAUGAUUCCCGCAAAUUGUUGCAGUUUUUUUUCUAAUUUCAUGUGAAGAAAAAAGUGUCGCUUUUGAGUGGUCCAAAAAAAAUAUACCAUAAAAAUUUUAUAGUUAAAAUUUUUACACACAAUUCACAUCAAUCACAGACACACAAUGUAGACACUUGACACAAAAACCUUCUCAAAAUAUUUUGCUAUAAAAUGCGUCCAAAAUUUUGAUUUUAUGGUGCAAAUAAUGUGUAUCUUUUGAAUGUAGAUAAUCUUUCCCCUGCAGACACAAAAGUACCAUAAAAUUUAUUCUUGGUGGUUGUGACAUCUUUCGGAGCUUUGUGACGCGCAUGCUAUAAAAAAAAUGCCCUCCCCUCUCAUUUUAUUUUCAGAGCAAUUUCCCAUUUAUUGUUUGUCCACUAUGCAAAAGCGUGCUAUAAAACAAUACAUAUACUAUAUAAUUUGACCAUAAUCGGGGAAAUUAGAGCAAAAAAAAUUCUUCAAAGACGAGAAUUUAGUCUGUGUUUUUACUACUUCAAUAUAUAAUUCUUUUCUUAGUAUUCAAUGUUUAUUCACAUUCAUCGUAUUUCUGGUGACAAUUUUUGUGCCAUAAUUUUGUAAACUUCAAAUGUCAUGCCUCUGUGAUUCCUUCCACAUAAACAAAAUAUUGAGACCAAUUUCGUAAAAAUUAUAUUCCGAGACUUUUACAUACUUUUUUUUUGUACAAAUAAAAAUUUGUAGCAUGAUUCGAGAAAAUGUACAAAAAAAAUUAUACAUCAAUGCUUUGCAAACAAAAUGUUGACAUUUUUUUCUAUUAUAAAAAAAGCUCUUAUCAUCAAAUAACACUCCCUGCCCCUCUUUCCUCGAAUAAAGCAACACAUGACAUAAAAGUAAGUUUUCCAUGGCAUUUUCUCUAAAUGUUGAAAAAAGCUUUCUUAAUUUUUUUUUUGUAUAGAUGGGCGAAUUGGGUUGUGGCGGUAAAUCAUUCUCAAUUUUAAAGUAGCGGCUUUCGUCUAUGUUUAUCUUUUCUUUUCACAAUAUUCCAUUCUUGCAGUAUUGUUAUUCAAAAAAAAAUUAAUUAAAAUUACAAUAUUAAUAUAUCAAAGAAAUGAGCAAAUUUGCUAUUUAUUUUGUAGAAGCAUCUGCCUCACAAGUGCCUCUGCCGAUAAUUUUCCGGUACUUCCACUGUCAAACCAGAAGCUUUCCCUCCAAAAAUGGGACCAAUUGUGCCCUUUUUGGAGUUUUUGCUAUAAAAAAAAUAACAACAUCCGGAAAUCUAUCGGUAGUUUCAUUACAAAAAAUAACCUAUCUAACUUUUUUUUAAUUAAGAAAAAUUAUUAAUUUUUGAACUCAAUUUUCUCCAAAAAAAACGAAAAA